GGCUCUCCAGAGCGAGAGCCGCUGGUUGUGUUGGCAAAAAAAGAUGGGAAAAUCAGAUAGAGGUAUGCUAAGGAAAUAAGGGAAAAUGUCCGUAUAUGUAGCCGUUUUCCAUUUGACGCAGGAUACAACAAACUGACCCCCAUCAGACAGAGCUACAGCACGAUCAGUCUCCUGUGUAUGGAUCCUCUGAAUGGCUGUUAUCUAACUCCAAGAGCAGCUGUCACUCAGUCCCUUCUGAGAUCGAGUGAGCGUGGAGAGAGAGAUCUCAGCGGUUUCACAUGAAACAAGCACUCACUUACUCCAAUUGAAGCUGUCACACACACACUAGACAAGGCUACAUCUCCACGUUUCAGACACUGCACCUCUUUCCACCAUCCAUCCGUCCACUCCUCUGCUUCAGCGAACAUGUACGGCAGCGCCCGUUCCGUUGGCCCAGCGGAUGCCAACCACAGCGGAGGAGGCAGAGAUGGAGGGAGAGAUGCAGGAAGAGAUGGGGGGAGCAGCCAGGGUUCGGGGCGCUCCCCUCGUCUCCCCCGCUCCCCACAGAUGGGCCACCGUCGCACCAACAGCACGGGGGGCAGCGGAGGGGGUCCAGGCGGACCGGGGGGUAAGACCCUCUCCAUGGAGAACAUCCAGUCCCUCAAUGCGGCCUACGCCACCUCAGGACCCAUGUACCUGAGCAACAACGAGGUCACCAUGUCCGACCAUGUUAACAAGAGCGGUCGGGAGAUGACCACAAUGGGGCGACAGAGGGUGACAUACGGGUCGAAGACGAGCGCAGGUGGGGGUGGAGGUGUGGCAGCCAGCACGCCCAACAUCGCCACGUCGGCCCCAGCCAACGCUGUGCUCCCUGGGGUGAUGAUGGCAGGUGACUCCCUGGCUUUUGGGGAUCAUCACAUGGCCUCUACGGUGCCCCACUCGCUGAGACAAGCCCGGGACAACACCAUACUGGACCUGCAGGCCCAGCUCAAAGAGGUUCUGCGUGAGAACGAGCUACUGUGUCGUGAGGUAGAGGUGAAGGAGAGCAAGCUGAGUUCCUCCAUGAACUCCAUAAAGACCUUCUGGAGCCCUGAGCUGAAGAAGGAGAGAGCCCUAAGGAAGGACGAGGUGUCCAAGAUCACUGUCUGGAAGGAACAAUACCGCGUGGUGCAAGACGAGACACAGCACCUCCACAUGACGGUCCAGGCCUUGCAGGAUGAACUGAGGAUCCAGAGAGACCUGAACCAGCUGCUCCAGCAGGACCCUGCCAGCCAGGGUCGUGAACUGGCCCUGAACUCUGAACCCACGGAGGAGAACUACCGGCGGCUACAUGGGGACCACGAGCGUCAGGCCAAGGAGCUGUUCCUGCUCAGGAAGACACUGGAGGAGAUGGAGCUGAGGAUAGACACCCAGAAACAGACCCUGGGCGCCAGGGACGAGUCCAUCAAAAAACUGCUGGAGAUGCUGCAGAGCAAAGGGCCGUCGGCUAAGGCCUCAGAGGAAGACCAGGAGAGAACCAGGAGACUGGCUGAUGCUGAGAUGCACAGACACCAUCUAGAGUCUCUGCUGGACCAGAGAGAAAGGGAGACGACUGCUCUACGAGAGGAGCUGCACCGUCGAUACGAGGGAACCCCAGAGUCCACCAAAACCAAGGCUCUACAGACAGUCAUCGACAUGAAGGAUGCUAAGAUCAACUCUCUGGAGCGAGGUCUGAGGGACACGGAGGAGGAGGUGAUGAUGCUCAAGUCCAAUGGCCUGCUGAGCUGUGAGGAGAGACAGGAGGAGAUGAAACAGAUGGAGGUUUACCGCAGCCACACCAAGUUCAUGAAGAACAAGAUGGACCAAGUAAAGCAGGACUUGUCCAGGAAGGACACAGAGCUGCUGGGUUUACAGACCAAGCUGGAGACUCUGACCAACCAGUUCUCUGAUAGCAAACAGCACAUUGAGGUCCUCAAGGAGUCGCUGACUGCUAAAGAACAACGAGCUGCCAUCCUACAGACAGAGGUGGAUGCGUUGCGUCUGCGUCUGGAGGAGAAGGAGACCACUCUGAACAAGAAGAGUAAACAGAUCCAGGAGAUGUCUGAGGAGAAGGGCACGCUCAACGGAGAGAUCCACGACCUCAAGGACAUGCUGGAGGUCAAGGAGCGUAAGGUCAACGUCCUGCAGAAGAAGAUUGAGAACCUGCAGGAGCAGCUGAGAGACAAGGAGAAGCAGAUGAGCAGCCUGAAGGAGAGAGUCAAGUCUCUACAGACAGACACCUCUAACACAGACACAGCUCUCACCACACUGGAGGAGUCCCUCGCUGAGAAGGAGCGUAUCAUCGAGCGUCUGAAGGAGCAGAGAGACCGAGAUGACAGGGAGAAGACUGAGGAGAUCGACAGCAACAAGAAAGAACUGAAGGAGCUGAAGGAGAAAGUCAGUUUGCUGCAGGGAGAUCUGUCCGACAGAGAGACCAAUCUGUUGGACCUAAAGGAGCAUGCAUCGUCCCUGGCCUCCUCGGGGCUGAAGAAGGACUCCAAGCUGAAGAGUAUGGCGAUCUCUCUGGACCAGAAGAAGGAGGAGUGUUUCAAACUGGAGAACCAUCUUAAGAGGGCCCAGAACGCAACGUUGGAGGCCAAGGCAAACACGGAGCUGUCAGAGCGCAUCACCUCCCUGGAGCAGGAAGUGACCCGGCACAGAGAGGAUUCUGGGAAGGCUCAGGCAGAGGUGGACCGGCUGCUGGAAAUCCUGAGAGAGAUGGAGAAUGAGAAGAAUGACAAGGACCGCAAGAUCAACGAGCUGGAGAGUCAGUCCUCCAGGCAGACCAAGGACCAGAGUAAGAAGGUGGCAUCCCUGAAACAUAAGGAGCAGGUGGAGAAGAGUAGGAACGCCCGACUGGUGGACGAAGCUAAAAAGAGAGAGGACAACAUCUCAGAGAGCUCUCAACAGAUCAAGGACUCUCUGCGGUUGAAGACUGAGCGUAUCGAGGAGUUAGAGGAGGCUCUGAGGGAGAGUGUUCAGAUUACAGCAGAGAGAGAGAUGGUGCUGGCACAGGAGGAGGCUGCCAGGAACCACCAGGAGAAACAGAUUGAGGAGCUGCUGGGGGCCAUGGAGAAGGUGAAACAGGAGCUGGAGUCUAUGAGGGCCAAGCUGUCAUCUACCCAGCAGUCCCUGUGUGAGAAGGAGACCCACCUGACCACGCUGAGGGCCGAACGCAGGAAACACCUAGAGGAGGUGCUGGAAAUGAAACAGGAGGCGCUGCUGGCAGCCAUCAGUGAGAAAGAUGCCAACAUCGCCCUGCUGGAGCUGUCCUCGUCCAAGAAGAAGAAGACGCAGGACGAGGUGGCUCUGCUAAAGAGAGAGAAGGACCGUCUGGUACAACAGCUCAAACAGCAGACUCAGAACCGUAUGAAGCUAAUGGCAGACAACUAUGAGGACGACCACUUGAAGACCGCCGCCGACCAGACCAAUCACAAACCUUCUCCAGAUCAGAUGAUCCCCCCUCUCCUGUCCCUGAGUGAGAAUCGCAGUAAGCUGAAGCUCUACAUCGCCCACCUGACUGACCUCUGCCACGACCGAGACCCCAGCAUCCUCAGCGUCCUGACCCCACCCCCCCACUAUCACCAUGCCAACCCACCAGCCUGGGAGGAGGAGCUACACAAGAUGACUUUGGAGCAGUUGGAACUGGAGUUGGAGUUGUGUGAGAAGGAGAGCGGGGAGCUGCAGGAGUAUGCCAACUCAGUGCUGCAGCAGAUCGCUGACUACUGCCCUGACAUCCUGGAGCAGGUGGUCAACGCUCUGGAGGAGUCCUGCUGAACUCUCACCUUUACAAACCACCCCCAGAUGACCCCAGGACCCUGCAUGAGCUUCAGACAACCUUCCUCCCAUCUAUCCACACAUGAUCUUGGCAGAGGGAAGACUGAGCAAUCAUACUACACCCCCACAUGCCCAAUUCUCAUUCCUGGGGAGAUUCACCAGCCUGAGGAGAUGAUGAUGAUGAUGAUGAUUAACUGAUGAAGAACAGCCACACAGUGGGCUAAUGGUGGAGGGAUGUAGAUGCAGGCCAGUCAUGGGUUGUGUUCAGUAGUGCACAUCAUACCAAAACAUUUUGAAAGAGAAAACAAAGUUCAGGUAGCACCUCCCUGUUUCAUUCCUUUCAAAAGGUUUUCUCAGUUUUCGUCCCUACUGACACAACCAUUGUUUUCUCUUUGUAUCUAAACCAGUGUUUUUUUCUGAAUGGUGGGGGGUCGUGGCAUGAAAAUGUUUAGAAACUAGUGAUUUAAACAAAAACAUUUUUUAUAUAUUCAAUGUUAUUUCCACUGUUUGACAUUCAGAAUCUCUUAUGUGAGUUUCUGGACAACAAACCUUUUCCCAUUUUCUCUCAACCACCCAACUAGAUCCAUGGAGAGAGAGCGAGAAACCCUAGCUGAGUUAUGCUGACUAAAUGUAGGGCUUUAGCUCUGGCUGACUUACUGCGUGUUCUGUGAACGGAUCUUAAGACAUAAGAGGGAGGAAUCCUAACUCAAUAUCCUAACUUGAACUUCCACACACAUCUCCCAUUGACAUCAAUGUCUGAUUUACGUCAAGUAAGGAUUUGGACCAGAGAGGGAUGGAGAGAGAGAAACAGAGAAACCGAGAGGAAAGUGUGGUAGCAGUUGGUUUUAGAUGGUUUUGCACUCAGCACCCCCUUCUAUAUGAGGUAUGCAAUGUUAGUUUCUUUUCAGAGAGUCAUAGCCACUGGUACACUUCUAGUAGUGCACCGCAGGAGGUUGGUGGCACCUUAAUUGGGGAGGACAGGCUUGUGGUAAUGGUAUCAUGUGUUUGAUGCCAUUCCA